AUGCAAAAUUCGACGUCCGCUUUCACUUCAAACCUACAAAAUGGGCAUACGACAGGUACACAUGGUGGUCAGGCAACGCCAAUCAAUGAGCAUUGGCAGAAGCAAAUGGAAUUGUACACAGAAGUAAAGAAAGCAAAGCAACAUGGCCCGCAUUACUUUGCUAGAACCAAAGCCACUCAGAAUACUGUUGACAAGCCAACAACGACAUCAGCUGAAGAAGAGUCGGAGAAUGCCAGUCGAAACAGACCUUCGAAUACGGACAGUUCUAUUAAACGUCAGGAUUGGCAUAAUUUGGACAUGAGUGGGCUUGGGCUUCGAGCAUUAUCGGUCGAAGUAUUCCAGUAUACUUUUCUCCAAGAGUUAUACGUAGCGUCCAACGCUCUCACCUCUUUGCCUGCAGCUAUCGGUCAAUUGCGACACUUGCGCCAUUUAGAUGCCUCAAACAAUGCCUUGCAGACUCUACCCCCUGAGCUAGGCAUGUGUGUUUAUUUGAAGAAUUUACUACUGUUUGAUAACCAACUCACUACUCUGCCUUGUUCAUUUGGUUCACUCUACCAAUUAGAGAUGUUAGGCAUUGAGGGCAAUAAACAAAUGGACCCCGCUAUCAAGAGUGAGAUCAUGGAGAAGGGAACUAAGGCCCUGAUCCAUACACUCAAAGAAGAAGCACCAAUACCCCCUCCUCCCGCUCCUAGAGAAAUGAUUGAUCUACUCAAUGGUACAACUGUUGCCCCAGAUGUCGAGAGGUUCACUGUGUUCUCUUAUAACAUCUUGUGUGAUAACUACGUGGGUCCCGGCCAGUACGGUUAUGUCCCGUCCAAAGCUUUAGACUGGGAGCAUCGGCGUCACGAGAUUUUACGCGAGAUCGAAGAGCGGGAUUCUGAUUUUGUGUGCCUUCAAGAGGUGGAUGCUGAAAAUUUCCGAGAAUUUUUCAGUGUGAAACUUGCAUACAAAGACUACAAAGGUGUAUGGUGGCCGAAGUCAAGAGCCAAGACUAUGUCCGAGUCGGCUGCCAAGGCUGUCGAUGGCUGCGCUACAUUUUAUAAGAACAACAAAUACAUUCUCCUUGACAAGCAACUUAUCGAUUUUGCCAAUAUCGCAAUCAAUAGACCGGAUAUGAAAAACCAACAUGACAUUUUCAAUCGUGUCAUGCCUAGGGAUCAUAUUGCUGUGCUGGGUUUCUUCGAGAACCGCCUAACCGGAUCACGCGUUAUUGUUGCCAAUGCACACAUAUUCUGGGAUCCAGCGUAUGCUGAUGUUAAAUUAAUUCAAAUCGCAAUCUUGAUGGAAAGCAUAAGCAAAUUCGCCGAGAAAUAUCAACGGUUCCCGCCAUGUAAAGACAAAAAAGCAUAUACCAUUACGGACGAUUCAAAUUCGGAUGCCCCUGUGGAAGUUGCCCCAGAACCUGCACCAUCCAUGGAAUACACAAACAAGACCCAAAUACCGCUAAUAGUUUGUGGUGAUUUGAAUUCUACGGCAGACUCCAGUGUGUACGAGUUAUUGGCCACGGGACGAGUUGCCCCUGAUCAUCCAGAUCUCGGUAAUUAUCAAUAUGGAAAUUUCACGAGAGAUGGAAUUGAGCAUCCUUUCUCUCUUCGAUCCGCCUAUACAAACCUAGCCGAUGGUCCACAAGAAUUAACAUGGACCAAUUAUACGCCCGGCUUUACCGACCACAUUGAUCAUAUCUGGUACUCCACCAAUGCCCUCGAGAACACGGACUUGUUAGGUCCUGUAGACGAAGAGUACAUGAGAACGGUGCCCGGUUUACCACACUACCAUUUUCCCAGUGAUCACUUAGCACUUCUAGCCCGGUUCAAUGUCAAGACGCCAAAAGCCAAGAAACCUCAUCAAGACCCACCAGAUUUCGGUUCGUCGAGCCAUCAUGAUCGACGAAGAGAUUAG